CUUUGGUGUGUGUUGGUUAGCGAUAGGAGGCGUCAAAACAACUUUAAGGACGUCAGUGCACGUGAAACCACAGAAGAAGAAGAAUUUAGCGCGGGUCGUUUGACUGUUUGCUAACGGCUACAUUACGUUAGCUGCGGGUCUGGUUCUUGUCUUGUGUCCGACAUGGAGUCCACGGAGAACAGAUUCGCUCACCUGCUGCAGCCGAUCCGGGAGCUCACCAAGAACUGGGACAUCGACGUGGCGUCAGAGUUAAACGACUACUUGGAAGAGUUGGAUGAUAUGUGCAUCACGUUUGAUGGAGGAAAAACCAGACUGAACUUUGCUGAAGCAGCGCUGCUGAUCCAGGGUUCGGCCUGCAUCUACAGCAAGAAGGUGGAGCUACUGCACAGCCUGGUUUACCAAACUCUGGAGUACAUCAAUGACCGAAAGAAGAGGCAAGUCUGUCGUCAUCCAGUAGUCACUUAUGUUUCUGAUUAGUUUUUUUUUUACAUUUUUUCUUUCUGACAGACAGAACAAAGAGACGGCAGCUUCUCAGGAGGAUGAUGCCAACGCAGCAGCCUGCAGCAACAACGCUGACGAUGACGAAGCUGAGUUCAUUCCUUUGGACAUUAAUGUUUCUGAGAGCUCACAGAAUGAAGACAUGAACACGACUGUGAAUGUGGAUCCUCUCCCUCCUGAGUCGCUGAUUCCUCCUGAAACACAUGAGAAGCACAGACUCCCUCUCAUCAGUGCGAAAGGCGAGAUCCUGUGCAGUCAAAAGGACUUCAGGAUCAACUUGUUCAUCCCAGGCGAAGAGGAUCUGAUCUUGCUCUCAUUCCGAUCAGCUGCUUCCAAGUUCCACUUGGAUAACGACCAGCACGGGGACGAUAAUAUUCUGCAGCAAUGCAUGGAUGCUAAGGAGUUUGAUGUCGCAGAGAACUUUACGCCUUUAGAGAGCAACAUGGAGCAGGACCAGGAACCAGAGGAGCAUGUGGACAGACACCAGGCGCCGAGAGAAAGCCGGAUGGUUCAAGAGAGGCGACAAGUGGACAAACCGAGAGAGGAGGCACCGCCUGCUGUGAAUGUGUGGAAGUUUCACGACCCGUAUGCUGUGGUGGGAACGGACAAACCUUUUAAAACAGGAAAGUGCUACAAGGUUCCUGAUGGUCUGGACGAUGGAGGAAAGAGGAAAAGGAAACGACCCAGUUCUCUGCAGGACUUUAGGAGCUGGUUCAGAGGAACCUUUGAUCCCCCCGAACUCAAGUUAAAAAACGGACCCACAUUCUCAGACCUGAACUACAUUUAUCUGAGCACAGUGAAAGACAAACUGAAGACUCGAAAGAGGAUGUACAGAAAAGCAGGUGUGGUGGUUUCUGAUGAUGAACUGAGGAAAACCUUCCUGCAGCCAGAAGAGCCGCCGCAGCAGGAGGAAGAUGAUCCUGUAGACGGCUUCAGACAUGCCGACCCGCUGGGUGGAGAUGACGAAAACUCAGACAACGAACAUGAAGCGUUUGCUGAUGACGUUCCAGCUGAGUUUGGUGGCCACGACGCAGAGGCUGAGAGAGAUGAACUGAGUUAUGAAGAUCUUGUGAAGCUGCGUGUGGAUCAGUUGGUGGUGAACUGCCGUGGUUACACUCAGGAGACUGCUCUGUCCCGAAGGGUCAAAGACUGGGAGGACAAGAUCCGACCCGAGCUGCUUCUGCAGGAGGAGCGCCCUGCCUUUCACAUCCAUGAGUACGGUGACAGGAUCGUGGGAGCACUGAAGAGUGUCGGUAGCCGCAGAGCGUUCUCCUCAAUCGUUCACGACCUGGAUAACUUUGAAGCCUGCAAAUAUCUGCUGGCCUCAUUACAGCUGGCGAAUGAUUACACGGUGGAGAUCGACAGCGUGGAGGGUUUGGGGGAGAGUCUGGACUCGAUGGGACUCACGCUGCUCAGCACCAACAGAGCCACAGACCGAUUCAAGACUCUGACGGCAACAACGUCACAUUAAGUCUGACAUGAGCUUGUUAUGAGGUUUUUACUUUUACUACAAACGACAGCAAUGCUUUAAUAAAAUAUUCAUCACUAUUGAAUUAA